AUGGGGGGCCCCUCAAGUGGCAGGGCUGCCCGCCAGCGGGGCCAAGCUUUGCGCGUUUCGUACGGGGAUCUUGCUGCAGGGCCCCCUGCAGCAGCAGCAGCGUCCGCUACUCCUGCAGGAGCGUCUGCUGACGCACCGGACUCCAGGCCUUGGGAGACGCAGAAACAGCUAACGCAGCGGCAGCAACUGCAGCAGCGGCGGCAACACCAUGAACUUCAAAGCAAGCGCAGAAAGCAAAUGCAUAUUCAGCAGCAGCAACUACAUCAAAGCUCCAGGUCCCAAGAGCUGCGCCAGCAGCAGCAGCCCAUGCAGCACCAGCACAAUCAGGGUUCUAGCAUUUCACUACUCCUAAACAACGGCAGCAGCGGCAAAAGCAGCAGCUGCAGCAGUUUCUGUUACUCCCCUUCUACACAAGUAGGAUUGGGCCCAGACACAACUUACGGGUACUCUAGUCAGCAGCAGCAGCAGCAUCAGCAGCAGCAUUUGCAACAGGUGCAGCACCAGCAAUUACACCAGCAAAUUGCUCCUCCACCGCCGCCGCCGCCUCCUGAAAGUCCUCUACUGCAGCAGCAGCCUCUAGUGCAGCAGCAGGCUCUAGUGCAGCAGCACUCGACCCUGCUGCUGCAGCAGCGCCACCCACAAAUGCAGCAAGCACCAGCGCAGCAACAAUCGCUGCAGCAGCUGACACCGGAAGGGCACGCAGUGCAGCACCCACUGCAGAGGCAGGCGCACCAGCAGCAGCAACAGCAAAAGAUGCAGGUGAUGUUCCAGCAGCAGCCACUACAGCAGCAGCCGCCACAGAAGAAGCAAGAGCAGCAGCAGCCACUACACCCAAUGUGCCAAGAGCCUUUGCAACAGUUACACAAGCAGCAGCAGCCGUAUAUGCAGCAGGUGUACACGGAGCACACGAAAACGCAGCAGCCGCUCCAAAAGCCAAUGCAACAGCUGCAGCCACAACAGCAGCAGCCAGCGCCCCAGCAGCAACAGCAGCAGCAGCAGCAGACAAUGCAGCAGCAGCAACCGCAGCAACAGCAGCAGCAGCAACCGCAGCAACAAUCAUUUCAGGAAAACUCACAGCAACGAAAGGUACCGCAGCAGCAGCUCCUGCAGCAGCAGCCAAUGCCGCAGUCUCCACAAGCGCAGCAACAGACAGUACAGCAACAGGCACUACAUCAACUACCGCAAGCUCAACAGCAGCUGCAGCAACCACAAGAGCCACUGCAGCAGCAGCAACUGCAGCGGCAGGCUUCAGCUCAGCAGCAGCCACAGUUGCAGCAGCAGUGCUUUUGGCCGGACGCAGUGGCUGCAACAGCCCCUUCACAGCAGUGGCAGACGCAACACCAGGAGCAGCCUCAGCAACAGCAAAACCAACAGCAACAUUGCAGAGGGCACCUGCUGCAUCAUAACCGGCAGCAACGGCAGCACAGGGAGCAGCACCAAGGGCAGCCGCAGCAACAGAUGCAGCCCCCAGUGCAGCAGCAGAUGCAGCUGCUGCAACAGGACAUGCAGCACCACCUUCAGCCUCUUCACAAGCAAGUGCAGCCCCAGCCCGUGCAGCACUGGCCUCAACAGGCACAGCAGCAGCAGCAGCCUCAGGUGCACCAGCAGCAGCUGCAGCAGCAAAUGGUCGUAGCACCUCCUCCGCCGCCUCCCCCGCCUGCUGCGACUUACAGCAUGAGCAGCAGCGCCAGCUGCAGCAGCUUAUGCAGCAGCAUGCACAUCCUGAAUUGCGGCCCGAAGCAGCAGCAGCCGCAAUACCAAGCACAGCAGCACUCGGAGCAGCUCCAUCAGCAGCAGCACAUGGGGCCACCGGCUCUCCCCCUGUGCAGCACGAGAGGCCCUUCUAGCUGGUCUUCUUGCCAGCCGCCGCCGCCGCCGCCUUUGGCGCCGCCGCCGCCGCAUAAUCGUGUGAAGGCUGAGGGGGGUGUCUUAGCGCCUUCUUUGCGGGAGCGGAGAAGCAAGAAGGGCUUCGAGGGCUUCGUCUGCGGCCCUUGUGAGAAAAGCUUCUCUUCAUUAGCUCGUCUGCAAAGGCACGAAAAAGAGGAGCAUAUCUGCUGUCCACACUUGGGGUGUACGUACGCCGGGCCGCCACACGCAGUUUGUAUGCACAAACUUCGCCACAUGAAAAACCACGAAGGGGAGAGUAUUGUUGAUAGCCCAUCGGAAGUGGCGCUAUGGCUGUCUGCGAGAAAGGCCUCAUAUCCCAAAAAGCACAAAACUGAAGAAACGGACAUGAAGGUUACGGAACAACGAAAGAGUGUCCUAGAGACAAUUCUACGAAACUCGCUCGCCAGCAACUCAAAUGACUACGCAGGACGCCUUCCUGACUCAUGGUUUUCCCCGUAUGAUAGCGGCAAUCUUUGGGGUGUACACACAUCCCAGCUUCGACCGCCGCAACAGUUAAUGUUCCGUCCUCCCCUGCGGCUGCUACUACAAGCAGCAGACCGCCGGAAGUGGGAAAGGAAGCUCCUGGCCGCCCUGCACUAUUUGGUACAGAAUGACUUUUUUUCGGAGCAGCAGGAUACACGUCAGCGGGAGCAAGAGGAACAGCAAAGGAUGGAACACCUACAGCCGCAACAGGGCCCGCUGAAGGGGCAACAGAGCCCGCUGCUUUCAGACCAAGGCAAGGACCAGGAAGACGAUGCGGACCAGCAACAUGAAGAGGGAGAGCUUCGACUUGAAGAGGAGUAG